UUUCAACUAAGGUAUAUUUUAAUCUUUCCUUAUAUGGAAUUUCACUUCAUCCUCAUUCAAUCUGAUUUCUCCUAAAAUUUGUAUCUUUUGAUUUCUUCUGUAAAUCUUUGAAAAAUCUUCUAAAAUUUUUAUCAUUUGCUUUCUUCUGUAAAUCUUUCUAUUUUUGUUUCUCAUACCUUCAAUGAUACAUAUGGAAUCCGUUCAUGGUCUCAAACAGUCCAAUAAAAAUCAAGGAAUUCUUGUUUCACCUGGUUCUGAUUCGUCUUGGGAAGGUUACGACGAGGUUAGAUCCAAACAUCGUAACGAUCCAGCAGUGAUGAAUAAGCUACGUGAGAAAUUGAAGUCGAAAGCUACAGUUAAACAUGCACCCAAAGAAAUAGACAACAAGAUUGAAGGGGUUACAACACGCCCUAAUCUCCCAAAGGUUGUGAGGCCGGACUUGUUUGAUCUCCUAGUGUUUCCACCACAUCUGAGGCUAUCAUUUCGAGUGUUGAGGUAGCUGUUACAUCCA